CCAGCACUUUCAGUUCCAUUUGAAACUUUUUACCGUUUGGUUGGAAGCGCGCAUCGCGAACAGCACAAUUUUCAAAUAAAUCGCCAGUCGGCCGUCGUGUUUCUGUUUUUCUCGUUUUCUUUUGUGAUUUACACUCCUUUUGUGGUAUAAAUCAACGCGCGCGCCAAACUGUUAAACGGAAGCCUAGCAAAAAGGAAUUAUAUCAAAAUAAACAACAAAACUCAAAGAAAAAAAAAAUAAAAGACAAACAAUUUUUGUAGUGUACACUUUGUGUUUUUCUCGUGUGUCCAGCAUUAACUGUUAACUGUAAACCGAAAUAUGGUUAAGUGAAGCACAAUAUAAAAACACAAGAAAUGGCAAACAGCAAAAAUAACUGUUAAAAAGCCCAAAGCAUAACGGAACUAUUUAAAGCAAAAGCAAAAAAAAAAAAAAACUCAACCGUUAGAAAAGUGUGACCAGUUCAGCCAACACGUUACAAAACCCCUUACUUUGUAACGCAUUCAAAUUUCGUUUCAACAUUAACUGAACGCAUCUGUGUGCGUGUGUGUGUGCGCUUGGUUCAGGAUCGCAGCUCCUACCCAACAGCCACCGCACUCCCCCCGCAACGGCCUACUCAUGAAAUGCAAAAGUUGGUCCAAUAAAAUCAACAAUUUUGUUGUGCGAAGAUUAAAGUCCAUAAAGAUUAACGGCACACAGCAGCUUCAAUCGCCAAGCAGCGCCGCCAGCAUCGCAGCCGCCGCCGCCGUUGUCGUCUCUGCCUCGAGCAGCAGCAGCUGCAGCAGCAGCAGCCAACAGCAGCAGCAACAACAACAACAACAGCAACAGCAACAAUUGAUGAACACAACGGCAACAAUGCCGGCGAUGCCAAAAGAAAAAGCAACAACUGCCGUUUCCCUAAGCGAAUCAAAUUUCUCGGCUCUAAAGCUCAAGGAGCUGGCGGUUGUUGUUGGCGCAAUGGCCACGACAGCGACGCGACUGCAACAGCAGCAGCAGCAGCAACAACACCAACAACAGCAACAACAACACACGUGCGGCUGUGGCGCUGCAUCGGCAGCAACAGCAACACCCACGUCGGCAACAAACACAGAGAACAACAACAAUAACAUAAAUAACAGCAGCAGUCGCUACAGUCGCAGCAACAUGUUUCUGACAAACGGCUACACAUCGCCUCUGGCAGCAGCGGUGGCCAGCAACAGUUCAUCAGUCGUCUCCACGCCGCAGCGCAUCAAAAUGUGUUGUCGUGAGUCGCUGUCGUAUCAACGCCAGCUACAACAACAGCAACAACAACAGCAGCAGCAGCAGCAGCAACAACAACAGCAGCAACAACAACAACAUCAGCAGCAGCAGCAGCAGCAGCAAGAACAACAACAAACGCCGCCGCCACCCCCUCCAGCCGCACAACAAAUACAAGCAGCACAGCCCCCCCGCCGUUCACCAAACGAUUUCAUCUUUGGCCGUUAUAUUGGCGAGGGUAGCUUCAGCAUGGUAUACCUCGCUGUGGACAUACACUCGCGGCGCGAGUAUGCAAUCAAAGUGUGCGAGAAGCGUCUUAUCUUGCGAGAGCACAAACAGGAUUACAUCAAGCGAGAGCGCGAAGUGAUGCACAUGAUGACCAGCGUGCCGGGCUUUGUGAAUCUGUCGUGCACGUUCCAGGAUCAGCGCUCCCUCUACUUUGUGAUGACCUAUGCCCGCAAGGGCGAUCUCCUGCCCUACAUCAAUCGCGUCGGCAGCUUUGAUGCCGCCUGCACCCGCCACUAUGCCGCCGAGCUGCUGCUCGCCUGCGAGCAUAUGCAUCGCCGCAAUGUGGUGCAUCGCGAUCUCAAGCCGGAGAACAUACUGCUCGACGAGGAUAUGCACACGCUGAUCGCGGACUUUGGCUCCGCCAAGGUCAUGACCCCGCACGAACGCACCCAGGCGGCCGCCCAGCUGGCCAGCACCGGCAGCCUGGACGCUGCGGCGCAGCGACGCCGACGCUCGGCGCGCAGCUCCGAUGACGAUGACGAGGACAGCGAAGAGCUGUACGAUGACCUGGACGAGGAGGAGCAGGAGGACAGACGCUUCUACUAUGCCGUCGACGAGGACGAUGACGACGAUGCCGCCGCCGCCGCCGCCAACGAGGAGGAGGAGGCGCCGCCAGCGGGAGAUGAUGUAGAUGCUGCCCGUUCACCGCGCCAUCGCCACUACCGGAAUCCACGGAUGCGCGCGCGACGCGGCAGCUUUGUGGGCACCGCACAGUACGUGUCGCCGGAGGUGCUACGGAAUGCGCCCAUUACGCCCGCCGCCGAUCUGUGGGCGUUGGGCUGCAUUGUCUACCAGAUGAUCUCGGGCCUGCCGCCGUUUAGGGGCAGCAACGAUUACUUCAUCUUCAAGGAGAUUCUGGGCUGUGCCGUUGACUUUCCGCAGGGCUUUGACAAGGAUGCCGAGGAUCUGGUCAGGCAGCUGCUCAAGGUUGAUCCGCGCGAACGCCUGGGCGCCCAGGAUGAGUUUGGCUACUACGAGAGCAUCCGGGCGCAUCCCUUCUUCGCGGGCAUCGACUGGCAAACGCUGCGCCAGCAGACGCCGCCGCCCAUCUACCCUUACCUGCCCGGCGUCAGCCAGGACGAUGCGCUGUGCAGUGCGAACGGCACCAGCUAUUGCCUGCCCAUUAGCGUGGAUCUGGAGCCGGGUCUGGAUGAGCGCCAGAUAACGCGUCUGCUUAGCGCCGAGCUGGGCGUCGGCAGCAGCGCCGCGGCGCCCGCUCACAAGCCCUCUGUGGCAAAGAAUUCGUUCGACUUGAGCGACGCACAGAAACAGCAGCGCCUGGAGGCACAAAAGACUGACAAAUGGCACGUGUUCGCCGACGGCGAGGUGAUCCUCAAGCGCGGAUUUGUGAACAAGCGCAAGGGUCUAUUUGCCCGGAAGCGUAUGCUUCUGCUGACGACGGGGCCGCGCCUCAUCUAUAUUGAUCCCGUGCAGAUGAUCAAGAAGGGCGAAAUACCCUGGAGUCCCGAGCUGCGCGCCGAGAUCAAGAACUUUAAAAUCUUCUUUGUGCAUACGCCGAAUCGCACCUACUAUCUGGACGAUCCCGAAGGCUAUGCCAUACAGUGGGUCGAGGCCAUUGAGAACAUGUCGAAACUGAGCUACGGCGACGCAGCUGCCGCAACGGCAACCGAUGCUGCGGCAACAGCUGUGUCCACAACCAACAGCAUCUCGUCCUUUGCCUGCUCAACGGGCGGCAGCAGCAACAGUUUGGCUGUAUACAGCACGCCCCUCGCCAGCUCCAAUUCACCCGCCUCCAAUAACAGUUCGCCGACAGCGCGGCGCAGUUCGCCGGCAGCGCAGCAGCAGCGACAGCAACAGCAACUGGAAGCAGCAGCAGCAGCAGCAACAACAGUUACGACAACAACAACAACAACAGCGACGCGGGGCAAAAAGACAGUGUCCAAUUGAACAGCUGAAAAGCUGAACACGUGUCUCGGCCAUUUCGUGACUGUUGUCGUUAUUUAGAUUUAAAUGCAAAUUAAAUUCUAAUUUAGUUGAAAAUUUAGUGCAAACAGUGCAAAAACAACAACAACAACCAAUACUAGCAAAAACCUAAACACACACACACACACACACACACGAAUAGAAAUGCAAGAAUGUGUCUAGUGCUAAUUCGAAAUUUGUUUAUAUAUAUAUAUAUAUAUAGUAUAUAUCGAUAUACAUACAUAUAUCAAAUAACAAUUUCUGUUUGUUGUGUGUCUCUCGUUUAACGUUAAACUUUUGUGCAUAUACAUAUACAUACAUACAUAUACAUAUAGCAAGAGAGGAAAGAAGCAGCAGCAGCAAAAAUAACACAGUUGUAAGCAAAAAAAAUCUAUAUAUAUAUAUAUUAACUAAAUUUAAACUAAACUAAUUUAAAUUAAAUUAAACUAAACUAAAUUAUUACAACAAAAAACAUAAACAUAUAUAUAUAUAUAUAUAUAUAUAUUAUAUUUAUGAACGUUUGUGCCCCACUGUGCGGCAAUUAGACAGACGAAUGGCGUCUGCGCCCAUAGAUGGCGCCAUCAGCAACUUGUAUACAUAGUUUAACUAAUUUUUUUUAGCGCGUAGUUAGUCACAAUUUAAAUGAAUUACAAUUAAAUAGCAGAAGCUAAAGCUGCGGCGCCAUCUGGCGGCCACAGUCUGUGCCACAGUGGGGCGCAACACUAAACUUAAGCCUAAAACUAAAUUCAAAUUGUAUUCAAUAGUUAAAAAGCGUAACUAGCAAAUGAUGUAUGUAAAAUUGUCGAAACUGUAAAUUAUAUAUAUAUUUAUAUAUAUAGCAUAUAGAGCGUAUAUACGCACGCAUAACUAUAGUAAAAGGGAGUGUGUUUGUCGCCUAACUGUAAAUUGUAACUAUGUAAAUCUAUUACAUACACACACACACACAUAUAUAUACACAUACUGUACAUUAGCUAUAUGCGCACUUCUGAAGCGAAAAGUGGAAUGAGCGGAAAGAGAAGAAGCAAAAAAAAUAUAUACAUAUAUAUAAAUAUUAACAGUUAGCUUAGCCGAAGAUUAGGCCGAAGUGAGAGACGGGCCAAAUAGUGUAUUGUCGCUGCCGCUAGAUGGCGCGCCACUAGCGUCCGUCGCUCAGCUCGCUCAACAAUUUCUAGUAAGAAUUUUUUUGUAUGCUAAUUUUUUGAUUUCUACAUUUAAUUUAUAUAAUGCUUUUUUGCCCUAUAAAGAAACGUAUAAGACUUUGAGAAACUAUUUAAAAGCAGAAAUGAAAAACAAAAACAAAAACAAAAACACAUUCAAAGAAAUACACAUAUAUAUUAUAUACAACAAAAACAAAACACAAAAAAAAAGAAGCUGAAAAAGUGUAAAAAAAAGUUGAAAUUUAGUUGAAAUUACAUUUGGAUAAAAAUAAUAGAUAUCUUUUGUUAUGUUGAAAGUUUUUGUUUUUGUUUUUUUUUUUUCCUUUUGCGAGAGAGAGAGAGAGAGGAGAGAAAGUGGAGAGUGGAGAGUUACAGUUAGCUUGAAAAGUUAGUUACAAAAACAGGUAUAAAAUUGAAUUUUAAACUAAAUUUAAAUGAAAUAAAAACCAAUACAACUAAAAACUGAGAAAAAAAACCCCAAAAAAAAAAAAUAACUUAAACUAAAAUUAUCAAUAAAUUGUAAAGUUUAUUGUCACAUAAUUUUAUGUUCGGCAUUUUGGUUCGUUCAUCUAAUGAAAAAUGUUUCUAAAACUCGCGCGUAUUAGUUAAAUUCUAAAGCCUAAGUUAUGCCUAGACCACGCCCCUAACACACACACAAACACACACAUACACAAACACACACAUACACACACACACAUACACUCACCCUCGUUAGUCGUAAGCAUUAAAAAGCAUGUGAGAGUUAGCAAAGAAAUCAAGUGGAAAAGCAAACGUAGAAGAAGCAGAAGCA